CACUAGACAGCGACCAAGCCGAUUGUGCUGGUGUUGGUGAGGGUCUGGAUGUCGGCGGUCUUGGCCAUGCAAAGCGAGUGGGCGAGCAAACGGCACGAGGAAGCGACGAUGCUACGAGACACGACGCGACGUCCUGCCGUGUGCGCGUGCCGUCGUGGCUGGAUGAUGCGUUAGAAAACACCGGAUGUGGUAUUGCGCGCGUGGAACAGCAGGAGCAUCCCAAGCAUCAGCAUCAGAGGCAGCAUUUUAUAGAUUAUUACUCAACCCGCAAAAUAAUAAAGGACCUUCACAUUGUUGUGGGACCUCUUUUGGAGGAAGGGAGGGGUGGGAUACCAUCCUUGCAGAAAAAGAAGGAGAAGCAGAAGAAGAAAAAGAAGGUCUCUUUGUUUACAUCAGGAUGGAUGUGAGGAUGCGGAGGUUUAUCUCAGUGGAGAUUUUACUCCUCCUAUGGAUGCUGAACGUGCUUUUGAAGAACGACGUGGCGCGCGCUGAAUCCCUGAAGUGUGAUGAGGUCCUGGCGAGUCCUCUCCCCUACAGCGCCUUCAGCAGCUCUUCUGUACUGGCUUCUGAUUUUGGCGCAGGCUACGCUAAACUCAACCGCAGAGCCGGGAAUGGAGGCUGGUGCCCAUUGGACUCGGACAGGUAUCGAUGGCUGCAGGUGGACCUCCGGGGAAGGAAACAGAUCACAGCUAUAGCAAUGCAGGGUCGAUACAGCAGCACCGACUGGACCAAACAGUACCGGCUGCUCUACAGCGACACGGCAAUGAACUGGAAGCCUUAUAGGCAGGAUGGCAACAUAUGGACCUUUUCAGGUAACUGGAACUCAGAGCGAGUGGUGCGUCACGAGCUGCAGUACACAAUCGUGGCCCGAUAUCUUCGCUUUAUUCCCUUGGAUUGGAGUGCAGAUGGGCGAGUCGGGAUGAGGGUGGAGGUCUACGGCUGUGCAUACUGGGCCGAUAUGAUCAGUUUCGACGGACAGGAAGUGAUCUCAUACCGUUUUCGCCAGAAAAGGAUAAAGAUCCUGAAGGAUGUUAUUUCAUUGAGAUUUAAGACGAGUAAAGGAGAAGGGCUUCUGCUUCAUGGAGAGGGACAGCAAGGCGAUUACCUCAGUCUGGAGCUGCGCAGGGCCAAACUGCUGCUGCAGAUCAAUCUGGGUAGCAAUCAGUAUGGCUCGAUUCAAGGUCACACAUCGGUGUCGAGCGGCAGCCUGCUCGACGAUGACCACUGGCAUUCUGUGAGGAUUGAGAGAUACCGGCGCAGUGUGAACUUCACCCUGGACGAGCACACCCAGAGUUUCCGGACCAACGGCGAGUUUGACCAUCUCGACCUAGACUACGAGAUCAGUUUUGGAGGAAUGCCUACUUUGGCCAAGCCCAGCUCAGGAGCUCCUCAGAACUUCAUCGGGUGCAUGGAGGACAUCCAUUACAACGGGGACAACAUCACCAACUUGGCACGCAGGAAACGAAUCGACACUUCUAGCUUUCGUAACCUGACGUACACGUGCGAAGCCUCGCCGACGUUCCCGGCUUUCUUCAACUCCAGCAGCACUCUGCAGCUCCCAGGCCGCACCGACGCAGAUACAGUGGCAGUGAGCCUGCAGUUCCGCACGUGGAGCCCCAGCGGCCUCCUGAUGUUUACUCCUCUAAUGCCUGGUGGAGUCGAGGUCAGCCUCGUGGAAGGCAAAGUGGUAGUGCACAUCUACAUCUCACAAGGAAAGAAUACACGGGUGGACAUCUCCUCAGGUUCAGGCCUCAAUGACGGCCAGUGGCACAGUGUUCAUUUCCUGGCACUGGAGAGCUUCGCUAUGCUCACCAUCAACGGUGAUGAGACGUCGUCCGUCAGAGCAACGCUCCCCAUCCAGAUCCGCACAGUGGGAGAUUACUACUUCGGAGGCUAUUUCCCACGGACAGACCUCUCACCAUCUCAUCGCUCCUUCCAUGGUUGCAUGCAGCUCAUCCAUGUGGACGAGCAGCUGGUUGACCUGCAUGCUGUAGAACAGGGAAAGCUGGGAGGUUUCGAGAACGUCAGCCUGGACAUGUGUGCCAUCAUCGACAGGUGUGUCCCAAAUCCCUGUGAACACGGAGGCCGAUGCUCUCAGACCGGAGACAUGUUCAAAUGCAGCUGCGAUGGAACUGGAUACAACGGAGCGACCUGCCACACAUCGAUCUACGAGCAGUCAUGUGAGGAGUACAAGCACCUGGGCAGACGCUCAGACUCAUACUGGAUCGAUCCGGAUGGGAGCGGACCUCUCGAACCGUUUAAAGUCAUCUGCAACAUGACUGGCGAUAAAGUGUGGAUGAUGCUGGCGAACGAUUUGCCAGCUCAGAGUGCGGUGAACUCCGGGUCUGCUCAGGGAACUGUACUGAAACUCAAUUACAACGUGUCUACACAGCAGAUAAACACCAUCACCCGCAACGCAGAACAUUGUGAGCAGUACAUUGCCUACAUGUGCCAAAUGUCCCGCCUUCUCAACUCCCCAGACGGCCCGCCGUAUACGUGGUGGGUCGGCCGUGGGAACGAGAAACACUUCUACUGGGGCGGCUCAGGUCCGGGAAUCCAGAAAUGCGCCUGCGGUAUUGAGCGCAACUGCACCGACCCAAACUACUACUGCAACUGCGAUGCAGACCUGAGAAGAUGGAGUGAAGACGCAGGUGUGCUGAUGUAUAAGGACCAUCUCCCCGUUACUCAAGUGGUCGUUGGGGACACGCAUCGCUCUGGAUCCGAAGCCAAGCUUACCGUGGGACCUCUGCGUUGUCAAGGAGACCGAAACUUCUGGAACGCCGCGUCUUUCAUCACCCCAGCGGCAUAUCUGCAUUUCCCCACAUUUCAAGGCGAGUCCAGCGCUGACAUCAGCUUCUACUUCAAGACCUCGUCGUCGCAUGGCAUCUUCCUGGAGAACCUGGGCAACACCGACUUCAUUCGCAUCGAGUUGAAAUAUGCUAACGUCGUCUCCUUCUCCUUUGACGUGGGGAACGGGCCUGUGGAGUUAAACGCGCGAUCGCCGACGCCCCUCAACAACAACCAGUGGCACAGGGUGGAGGUCGAACGCAACAUCAAGGAAGCCACCCUGCGAUUGGACAAAGUUUACAGAGACGUGCGCCCGGCCCCGACUCAGGGCCACGCCCGUCUCCAGCUCUUCAGUCAGCUGUUCAUUGGUGCCUCUGGAGGGCAGAGGGGAUUUCUCGGAUGCAUUCGCUCGCUUAGGAUGAAUGGCGUGACCCUUGACCUGGAGGAGAGAGCCAAGGUGACUCCAGGAGUGAAGCCUGGCUGCUCGGGUCACUGCCCCAGCUAUGGUACACGCUGUCAAAAUGGAGGCAAGUGUGUGGAGAAAUAUAACGGCUACACAUGUGACUGCAGUCUCACGGCCUUUGAUGGACCCUACUGCUCUGACGAUGUGGGCGGGUACUUCGAGAGCGGCACGCUGGUCCGCUAUGACUUUAUGUCUGUCAGCAUCUCGUCUCCUGCGGAGAAGGGCGCGUUAGGAGCUCUGAGUCUGGAGGGAAACCUGACACAGGAGGAGCUCAGCUUCAGCUUCAGCACCUCUCACGCCCCAUCCGUCCUGGCGUACAUCAGCUCUAAGACUCAGGACUAUCUGGCAGUGGUGCUUCGAAGCAACGGUACACUGCAGAUCCGUUACAACCUGGGCGGCCUGAAGGAGCCAUUUGUAAUCAGCCUGGAUCACCGCAAUAUGGCCAACGGUCAGCCGCACAGCAUCAACAUCAGCCGACAUGAGAGACUCAUUCAUCUGCAGUUAGAUCAUUAUCCCACCACCAGCUACUCCCUCCCUGAAGCGUCCGACACCGAGUUCAACCUGAUCAAGACCAUUUUCCUCGGAAAAGUCUUCGAAACUGGUCAGGUAGACAGCGUGCUCAUAGAGCGCUAUAACACACCAGGGUUCGUCGGCUGCCUCUCCAGGGUGCAGUUCAACCGCAUCGCUCCUCUGAAAGCGGCAUUGAGACCGAGCCCUCCGUCCACCGCCUCCAUCCAGGGCGUGCUGGUGGAGUCCAACUGCGGGGCUUUACCGCUCACCAUCCCAGCCAUGUCGGUCACCUUCAACCCCUGGCAGCCCGAAUCAGCUGGGAUUCAGUUCCCGUUUGAUGACGAGGGAGUGACCCGGGACGGAGUGAAACGCGACUCGGCGAUAAUCGGAGGCAUCAUCGCAGUGGUGAUUUUCUCCAUCCUCUGCACGCUGGUGUUCGUGGUGCGGCACCUGUUCCGCCACAAAGGCUCGUACCACACCAACGAAGCGAAGGGGGCGGAGUCGGCGGAUUGCGCCGACGCCGCUAUCAUCGUAAAUGACCCCGCCUUUACAGAGACCAUUGACGAGAGCAAGAAGGAGUGGUUUAUUUAAACCCCUCCCCCAUCCCUGGUGCAUGAAGAAAAAAGGGGGCAUUCUAUAUACCGACACUGACGUGUGUGUGUGUGUGUGUGUGUGUGGGUGGGUGUGUGUAUGGGUGUGGGGCAUCCUGCAGACUCCAGGAGCAAGUGAAGUGUGUUUACUGGCAGACAGGACGCUGUCCGGGAAUUACGCUGUAUAUAAACUCCCACUUCAUCCUGUUCACGUCGAGAGGAACAUCUUCUCGCUUUCCACUAACGGAUGGAAGCGAUUGGGAAGCAGCCAUCAGAAAAGGUGGAUGGAUUUUUUCUGAACACCUUCUUCAUGAACCCCGAAAGCACAACGGAUAUCUGUGUAACAGAUGAUGACGUUAGUAGGUUUUUCAGCACAGCAGCAUGGGACAUGAGCGACGUUUCUCAGUUACACUGCGAACUUUAUAUACCCCGACUUCUACAGACGUGUUCAUCCCCCCUUCAUGUGUGUGUGUGUGUGUGUGUGUGUGUGUGUGUGUGUGUGUGUGUGUGAUUUAUCCAAUCCCCUCGUAUGGAAAACAGGAAUUUUUAGGAACCAAGCAUCCAGUCUCAAUAGUGCUGUUGGAGUUGAUAACAGAAAAAUGUCUCAGAAACAGGAAAUGAUUCAGGAAAUAGGAAAAUGGGUUUGACUGAUCGAUUGUUUCCUUGAUUGAUUGAUUGAUUAAUUGAUUGAUUGGUUUGUUUGUAUGUUUGUUUGAUUGUUUGUUUAUUUGUCUCUGUGGUUCAAAAUGUACAGCACGAAAACGACAACCUUUUUAAGGUUAUUUUUUUUGUUUGUUUAAUUUAUUCAUAUUAUUUAUUUGUAUGUUUGUUUUUGUUUGUUUUUGAAAUUAUUGA